AUGUUAGCAUCAGAGACAGGACCAGCAGAGUCCGGCCUCCUGCUGGCUCAGCCCCGAGAAAGAGGCGUCCAGGAGUAUGCUGUGGACAUCACUCUGGACGCAAACACAGCUCAUCCUCGUCUGCUUCUGUCUGAGGACCUCAAGAGUGUGAGGUGUGGUGAGCGCACUCAGAUGCUUCCUGAUAAUCCUGAACGCUUCGAUCGAGUGGUGUGUGUCCUCGGACAACAACAGAUCAGCUCUGGACGACAUUACUGGGAGGUGGAGGUCGGGGGAAAGACGGACUGGGACCUGGGCGUGGCCAAACGCACCAUCAACAGGAAAGGGAAGCUAGAGGUCACACCAGCAAACGGAUACUGGUUCCUCAGCCUCCGGGACAAGAAGAGCUGCACGUUCAGGACUCAGCCUUGCACCGACGUGGACCUGGCCCUGAACCCGCAGAAGAUUGGGGUCUUUGUGGACUACGAUAACGGACAGGUGUCCUUCUAUAACGUUGAUGCAAAGAUCCACAUUUACACUUUCAACGAUUGGUUCGAUGACGUUGUGUUGCCGUUCUUCAGCCCCUGCACCAACAAACAGGGGAAGAACCAGGGGCCCCUGACCAUCAGCCAGGUCCCAGGGCCCUGA